UCAAUUUCAUCUUCUUCACGUUUUGUUUUUAAGAAAGUCUACCAAAUCCUCCUAAUUAUUCAAUCUUCUCACUCGACCUGAUUACCAAAUUUUCAUUCUGUCGAAUAAUAUUUUUAAUCAACAGAAUUUGAUUCGCCAUGGCCGUCUUAUUGGAGGACGUAGUGCAAUCAGUGGAGCUAUGGCUGAGGCUGAUGAGGACGAAACCGCAACCCUACGUUGACCCGAAUCUUGACCCGGUUUUGCUCGUUCCAGGUAUUGCCGGUUCCAUUUUGAAGGCCGUGGAUGGUACUAAUGGGACAGAUGAGCGGGUUUGGGUUCGGAUUAUUGGGGCCGAUUACAAGUUUCGGACGAAGCUUUGGUCAAAAUUCGAUCCUUCUUCUGGUCAAACUGUGUCUCUAGAUCCAAAUACAAGUGUUAUGGUUCCUGAAGAUAGAUAUGGAUUGUAUGCGAUUGACGUCUUAGAUCCUGACCUGAUAAUUGGACGUGAUUGUGUUUAUUAUUUCCAUGACAUGAUCGUGGAAAUGAUCAAAUGGGGUUUUCAAGAGGGGAAGACCCUUUUUGGAUUUGGCUAUGAUUUCCGCCAAAGUAACAGGUUGCCAGGAACAUUGGAGCGAUUUGCUGCAAAAUUGGAAUCAGUGUAUAAUGUUUCUGGAGGGAAAAAGAUAAAUAUCAUAAGUCAUUCUAUGGGGGGUCUCCUAGUGAAAUGUUUUAUGUCUCUGCACAGUGAUAUUUUUGAGAAAUAUGUGAAGAAUUGGAUUGCAAUUGCUGCACCAUUUCAAGGUGCACCUGGGUAUAUUACUUCUACUUUUCUUAAUGGAAUGUCAUUUGUCGAAGGUUGGGAACAGAACUUUUUUAUAUCAAAAUGGAGCAUGCACCAACUGUUGAUUGAAUGUCCAUCAAUAUAUGAACUGAUGGCUUGUCGGAAAUUUCAAUGGCAACACAAUCCUCUUCUGGAAAUCUGGAGAGAGAAGCAAGAUGAUGAUGGAAAUUCUCGGAUUAUUCUUGAGUCUUAUCCCCAAACAGACAGUACAGAAAUUUUUAAGGAAGCUCUCUCAAGGAAUACGGUGGAUUAUGAUGGAAUGACUAUUCCUCUACCUUUCAAUAUGGAGAUUUUGAAAUGGGCUAAUGAAACACGCAAGAUUUUGUUGCAUGCGAAGGUUCCUCCCAAAGUUAAAUUCUACAACAUAUAUGGGAUCAAUCUUGAGACACCUCAUAGUGUUUGUUAUGGAAGUGAGGAUGCACCUGUCACAGAUUUAUCAGAACUAAGAUUUCUCCAGGCUAAAUAUGUAUGUAUUGAUGGCGAUGGGACUGUUCCAACUGAAUCAGCCAAGGCAGAUGGGCUGAAUGCAGAAGCAAGGGUUGGAGUCCCAGGUGAGCAUCGGGGAAUUCUAUGUGAUCAUCAUGUUUUUAGGAUUCUCAAGCAUUGGCUAAAAGCUGGUGACCCUGAUCCUUACUACAACCCAAUAAACGAUUAUGUUAUUCUGCCUACUGCUUUUGAAAUUGAAACGCACAAAAAGAAAGGAUUAGAAGUUACUUCACUAAAAGAGGAAUGGGAAAUCGUCUCAGAAGUCCAAGAUGACUGUGACAAUAUCAAUAUCUCCUGUGGUAAACCUCUAGAGAGCUCAAUAUUUAUUUCCCAUUCAGGUUAUAAUCAAUCUUCACCGGCAGAAGCACAUGCAACUGUUACUAUUCGUCCUCAGAAUGAGGGCAAGCAGCAUGUUGAACUAAAUGCCGUAAGUGUGUCUGUUGAUGCUUGAGUUGUUUGUACCAACAACGAGAGUGACAUGUUGCUGUAUAUAUGUAUAUGUGCUAAAAAAUUGUAUGUUUUGUAUAUAAGAGCCGAUCCUAUGGUCUUGUUUGGUGGUAUGAUGUAUAUAUAAUUUAUACACAAUAGCUUUAAAUAAAAAUAAUAUUUGUUGAAC